AUGUCAUUCAAAGCCACAGGCCCAAAAACACGUCCAGACCGUGUGAAACCAAUCCCACCCAUUCCAUCACCACUGCCAUCCGGAUGGACCGCCAGCACCAACUACAACACUACCUCCCACCGACACCGAAGCACAUCGAACGCAUCCACAGACUCAACGACCUCAUUCCACUCAGCAACCUCACAACACGACAACUUCCACGACCCUGCAGAAGCCGACCCAGCGCCGUCCGCCAACGCUGAAUUCGCCAAGGCAGACUAUUCAUCCGCCAUCUCCACAUACGACAAGGCGCUUGCUGAACUACCCACGUAUCUCGACUACGAGCUCGCUGUGCUACAGAGCAACAUCGCGGCAUGUCAUCUGAAGCUGGAGCAGUGGAAGGAAGCGCUCGAUGCAUGUGAGGCAGGCUUGAACGGUCUGGAACGCGAAUUGCCAACAAAGAAGCUUUCUGCGACCAAGAAUAAAGAAGGCAAGAACGGUCCGCAGCCCAAUGGAGCGAAGUCCAGCUCAGACCUUUCCGGAACAGACGACGCUGAAUUCAACGGGACCCCCCAAGUGAACUCUCCCACCAACUCCAACAACUCAACAUCACCGACUGCCCGCCGCCAGUCCAUAACCCGCAUCCGCAUAAAACUCCUCCUCCGCCGCGCCCGCGCCCGCUCCUCCCUGACCCCACAAUCCUGGUCCCACCUCGCCGGCGCCCUCGAAGACUACAAAACCCUAGCCACAGAACCCUCAUACCUCUCCCAACUGCCUCCCUCAGACUUGGCAACUGUGCGGAAAGCACUCGUUGAGCUGCCGCCGAAGGUGAACGAGGCGAAGGAUAGGGAAGUCGGGGAGAUGAUGGGAAAAUUGAAGGAAUUGGGCAACGGGAUCUUGAAGCCGUUUGGGCUGAGCACGGAUAUGUUCAAGAUGACGCAGGAUCCCGCCAGUGGGGGAUGGAGUAUGAACUUCGACCAGGGCGGCGGCGCCGCUACUCAGAGGAAAUAG